GUUAUACUUUUAGUUUUGUAUAUGUUCUGUGAUUGAUUUGAAAAUAUUUUGAUUUUGACGAUCAAAAAAUGGGAAGUUUAUUCAACGAUUGGAUUAACUUAUUUGAUGAGAAAAAUUUUCAGAAUAUUCAAAAUGAGCCACUGGAACUCAGGGCGGUUACUAUGCUUUUUGUUACGAUUCAAAAGGAAUUUCAAAAAAUGGAAAUUUCUUUGAGCAAUCAGUUGAAAACAUAUAAACUCGGUUUAGAAAGUAAAAAUCAUAUGUUGAAUGUUGAAGAAAAAUAUGUUAAAGAAGAAACAAUUCCAGUAUUCGAUUCUCCUAAAGAGAACAACAAAAGUUCAGUCCAUAAAAUAAACAGAAAUAAUAAAAUGUUAUUGAAGAGUCCUACUUUUGAUAGGCAUAGAAGAACAAAUAUGAAGAAAGUUAAGAAACCUUUGAGUUUUUCAAGCUCAGUUACAUCCAAAAAUGUUGAAACUUUUACUACCCCUAAAAAAAACAAUCAGUCCAGGCAAAAUAAUUUGAAUGAUUCCGAUGAUAUCUUUGACUCAUCUAUAAUUGAUAUGACACCCAAUAUAGAAGUUUCUAAAAGAUCUAGAAGUACAUUGACUUCUCAGAAGAAAAAAACUCAUUCAAGUAGUACAACAUUAACUCAGAUGUUCAGUGGUAUAAAUACAAAAGAUAACAAAAAGAAAGAUGAAACGACCAUGAUGGAUAUUGACGAGAUUCUUGAAAGAGUUGAAAAUGCUGAGAAAAAUGAUAUCGCGGAAUCUAAAAAUUCAUCUAUGUCUGUAUCAAAAAAUUUGAAAAUUUCAGAUUCUUUUGUUGAGGAUUAUGAUAAACUUCCAGAAAGUAAAAAGAAACCUGAAAAAUCAUUCGUUUAUAAAGAAACUGUUAGAGGAAAUAAGAAAUCAAAGCUGAGGGGAUGGUCUUGCAAAGAUUGUGAAAAUUUUUAUAAGAAAAUGAACUUAUCAGAAGAAGAAUUAGAGAAGCGAAUGAAUGAGUGUUCAAAACAUAGGAAUAAAUUCAAGCCAGAUGAAGAAACAAUUCCAGGAUAUUGGGAUUUAUCAAUUCGGUCAACUCCAGAAGAAGAUGAAUCUGCUCCAUCGUCUUCUCCAGAAUCGAGCCAAAAUACUUUGAACGAAUCUACAAUAUUUUGUUUUUACAAGAAAUGAGGAGGAAAUCAUACCCCAUGUGAUAAGAAAUAAAUACUUUAUUCAGCUUUUUUGCAGGAUAUAAUAGUAAAACAAAGACGCUGUAUAUAAAUAUAAAAAAUAUGAUAAAUACUAUAUAUGUAGUGGAAAAUUUUACAAAUUACCACGUUUAGCUUGCUCAAUUUCAAUUGCUGUGAAUAGUGCCUUGAAAUUUCCUGCUCCAAACCCCUGAAAUGUAAUUAUAUUUUUAUAAAUUUUGUAUUUUGAAUAAUAUCUUAUUUUCUUA